CUUUCGGGGAAAGUGCCGCCGCAGCGGGGGCGGGACGGAAGGCGACGCGCGGCGGGAAGUCGGGGGAGCGCGGCGGGCAGCCGGGGGACCUCGAAUUAUGGAGCUUUGUGGUGCAACCCGACUUGGUUAUUUUGGAAGAAGUCAAUUCUACAUUGCUUUGAAACUUGUAGCUGUUGCCCAGUCUGGGUUUCCUUUAAGAGUAGAAAGUAUAAAUACAGUAAAGGAUCUUCCUCUGCCAAGAUUUGUUGCUUCAAAGAAUGAACAAGAAUCUCGUCAUGCAGCCUCAUAUUCUUCAGAUUCUGAAAAUCAAGGAUCUUAUUCUGGUGUGAUUCCCCCUCCACCUGGCAGAGGACAAGUGAAAAAGGGAUCCAUAAGCCAUGAUACGGUUCAGCCUCGGGCAUCUGCAGAUCAACAGGAACCUGCAUCCCCAGUAGUUUCACCACAGCAGUCGCCACCGACUUCUCCACACACGUGGAGGAAGCACAACCGUCAUUCCAGCGGCGGGAACAGUGAGAGGCCUCUUGGAGGACCUGGGCCAUUUUGGUCUCCUUUUGGUGAAGCACAAUCAGGUUCUUCUGCUGGUGAUGCAGUGUGGUCCGGGCAUUCUCCACCUCCACCUCAAGAAAACUGGGUCAGUUUUGCAGAUACUCCACCAACCAGUACUCUUUUAACCAUGCAUCCUGCUUCUGUCCAGGACCAGACAACAGUACGAACUGUAGCCUCAGCUACAACUGCCAAUGAAAUUCGUAGGCAAUCCAGUAGUUAUGAUGAUCCCUGGAAAAUAACAGAUGAACAAAGACAGUAUUAUAUAAAUCAGUUUAAAACCAUUCAGCCUGAUCUAAACGGAUUUAUUCCAGGAUCUGCAGCUAAAGAAUUUUUUACAAAAUCAAAACUUCCUAUUCUUGAACUUUCUCAUAUUUGGGAACUCUCAGACUUUGAUAAAGAUGGUGCUUUGACACUGGAUGAGUUUUGUGCUGCCUUUCACCUGGUGGUUGCUAGGAAGAAUGGCUACGACUUACCAGAAAAGCUCCCUGAAAGUUUAAUGCCCAAACUGAUUGAUUUGGAAGAUGCGGCAGAUGUUGGGGAUCAGCCAGGUGAGGUAGGUUAUUCGGGCUCUCCGGCUGAAGCUCCUCCCAGCAAGUCUCCAUCGAUGCCAUCACUAAACCAGACUUGGCCUGAGCUCAAUCAGAGCAGCGAGCAGUGGGAGACAUUUAGUGAACGCUCUUCAAGCUCACAAACUCUGACCCAAUUUGAUUCUAACAUUGCACCAGCUGAUCCUGAUACUGCUAUUGUUCACCCAGUUCCCAUUCGUAUGACCCCAAGCAAGAUCCACAUGCAGGAAAUGGAACUUAAAAGAACUGGCAGCGAUCAUACUAAUCCCACUAGCCCAUUACUUGUGAAACCAUCUGACCUUUCAGAAGAAAAUAAGAUAAAUACAGCAGUGAAAUUUGCUUCUGGAAAUACUGUAGAUGGUUACAGUAGUUCAGACUCUUUUACUUCUGACCCAGAGCAGAUCGGGAGCAAUGUAACUCGUCAAAGGUCUCAUUCUGGAACAUCGCCAGAUAACACUGCACCACCGCCUCCCCCUCCAAGGCCACAGCCCUCUCAUUCCAGGUCAUCCUCCUUAGACAUGAAUCGGACCUUUACAGUCACCACAGGACAGCAACAGGCUGGAGUUGUUGCCCAUCCUCCUGCAGUGCCUCCAAGACCACAGCCCUCACAGGCUCCUGGUCCUGUUGUUCAUCGCCCAGUGGAUGCCGAUGGCCUAGUAACUCACACUAGUACCUCACCUCAGCAGAUACCAGAACAACCCAAUUUUGCAGAUUUCAGCCAGUUUGAAGUAUUUGCUGCAUCAAGUGUAAAUGAAGAACAAGAUGAUGAAGCUGAGAAACAUGCAGAGGUCUUGCCGGUUGAAAAAGCUUCUGAUCCUGCGAGUUCUCUCCGAGUUGCCAAAACAGAUAGUAAAACUGAAGAAAAGACAGCUGCUAGUGCUCCUGCCAAUGUGAGCAAAGGCACAACACCUCUUGCUCCACCACCUAAACCUGUUCGGAGAAGACUAAAAUCAGAAGAUGAGUUAAGGCCAGACGUUGAUGAACACACACAAAAGACAGGUGUCUUAGCUGCUGUUCUUGCAUCACAGCCUUCCAUUCCCAGAUCUGUUGGGAAAGACAAAAAAGCUAUUCAGGCAUCGAUUAGACGGAAUAAGGAGACCAACACAGUUUUGGCCCGAUUGAAUAGUGAAUUGCAGCAGCAAUUAAAGGAUGUUCUUGAAGAGAGAAUUUCCCUGGAAGUUCAACUGGAACAACUUCGACCAUUCUCUCACCUAUAAGCCAAUUGCCGUUAACUGUGAACAUACCCAUUUUUAAGCAGUUUGGGGUUUGAAGCCAAUUUGGAGACCCAGACAUUCAGCUUACUGCUUAAGUCAACAUUAAAUUUUAUGAUUCUGUUUUGCCCUCUAUGUUCACCAUUGUAUUUAAGUAUCUUUUAUUUUUUAAUUUCAACAAUAAAAGGGUCAGUAUGACUUUUUCUGGAGA